AUGCCGGAUGGAGGAAAUGAGAAUAAGGCCAAUCGGCUGCUCAAGCUGAUGUCCGUGUACUUCAAAGAAGCUUCUUUAGACUCUCCCUCUUUUAGAGCUAGUGCAAAUUUUUAUCAAGUACAGAUUGAGUCUUUCGAAAGCUGGAUUGAGAACGUUUCGAGGUUUUACAAACUCAAGUUUUUGCCGUCACUAGAUGACUUUAAACAGCUCAGUGACACCUUUUUUGCACAGUCCCUACCCCCUGCAGACUAUCUGCAUAACGGAAUCGUGGAAAAUCAGCUCUAUACACCAGCCAUAUUGGGUGCCUUCCAUAAUGACCUUUGCAACCUGUCGGGGCGACUUUUGCUGCUACUGAGAGGAGACCCCGAAUCGUUCUUGUCAAGCCUGGUAAAAAUAGUGACGGAGAUCAUAGAGCCCUACAAAGAAAAGCGAAAGAGUUUUGAAUUUUAUCAAUCCAAACAUGAUACGCUUCUGGCGAAAUAUCAAAGCACCAAGGUAAACGGACCUAAUGUGGAGCCUUCUAGUAUGCGUGAGGAUGCAUUUCAGCUAUUCGAAGUGCGCAAAAGUUAUUUGGGGGCCUGUCUUGAUCUUGCGUGGGAAAUUGCAGAGGCCCAGGAAUCUUUAGACAAAACCAUGAACGAUGUUGUUAACACUUUAUUAAGAAGAGGGCCACUGAAGGACGCGAUCUUGGGUUUGCAGGAUGGCGAAAAUCUGGAAGAAAUGUUCGCAAAGCAUCGAAAAUGGCAUGAAGAAAUGAGAAAAAACAACUCUUCCUUGGCGGAAGAUAUGAAGAGAGCCAAGGAACAAAUUCAAGCUUUUAGCAUAAAACAGCUACAGCCGUCCAGAGAACUGAAUGACUACAACAUUAGGAGCAUUAAUCAGGCAACUUUGAAGCUAGAGCCGGAAGCUGGAACCAAAGCACCGCGGGAAAAGUCCGGGUGGCUUUUCAUGAAGACAUCAAUGGGGAAACCAGCACGAACUACAUGGGUCAGAAGGUGGUGUUUCGUGAAGGACUCUGUCUUUGGCAUAUUUCUACUAUCGCCCGCUCUUACAGCAGUUGAAGAAACCGACAAAUUUGGUGUUCUUCUGAUGAAUGUUCGUUACGAUCCCAACGAAGAGCGAAAGUUUUGUUUCGAAGCACAGAUAGCGGGAGCGGAGCCUGGGACGGGCUCUAGAAAUAAUACAGCUGAGCGCAUGUCGCUUGUCUUUCAGGCAGAGACCUUACAUGAGCUGAAAUCGUGGCUAAGUGUAUUUGAAGAAGCCAAGAAACAGGUGAUGCUACUUGAAAAAGGUGAUCCAGAAUAUGAGCUCUCGUUUUCGAGAAUUCCUCCUAUAUUUUACGAGUUUGCAUGCAGUUCGGCUAGUCAGACUGACCAACAGCUUACCUCAUUCGACCCUGAUGGACACUAUGGGAAGUCGAUUUUACAGUUGAUGCAGGCUGCCUUUUCGGAAACUGGUAGUAUAAUAUUCCCAGAAGAUUCUGCAUUCCAGACGCCGUUAUUAAAAACUCCGAUUAUCACAAAACUCACAAAGCUCAGCAUUAUCUCAAGUUUCUUUCUGGUGAGCGAUGGGGUUCCUAAUGCUAUCAUGGCAAAUUACUGGGGUAGUGUGAAUUGGAGCGAUUUUUGUUACAACGUGAAACCGAGCGAGGUACCCAGUCCUGAAAAAAGUCACAACACAAACAUUCUGUGUCCUGUUAAGGACACAACCUCACCAAUCUGGAGUCCUAUCACGUAUCCGGAGUUUUAUCCGAAAGACAUGCGCAAUAAGGAUCUACAAUUCAAAAGUUUGUUCUUUUCCACUGCUGCUCAGAGGAAGGAUGAAAAAUUCAAUGAGCUUCUCCUCUUGUCGUAUUCAUGCUCUUGGUCUCCCAAUACAAAACAGGGAUUUUCUGGAAUGUGCUACGUGACAAUGAGAAACGUCUAUUUCUAUAUGAACUCAAUGGGAUUUAUAUGCCUUUUGAAUAGAACCCUCGAGGAUUUAGUGUCGGUGGAAGAAACAAAAAAGGCAGAUGAUAGUACCGGUGCUGUUGUGAAACUAUAUGACGUUAAUGAGCAAUCUGUAUUAUGCUCAGUCUACUUCGAUGAUGCUGACCUUAUUGCCACCAAGAUGAGGACACUUCUUCAGAAUGGGACAACUGAGAAUGCCAAGAGCGAACAGGAAAUUCUGGCAUUGUUUUCGAAAAUGGAGAAGGAAUUUGAAAGCCAAAAGAAACAGGAAGCUAAAAAUGAAGAAAACUCGCUUUCACGAGCGAGUAAUCGUAUCGACACCCUUUUCAUAGGCGUGAAUGAACCCUUCCACGCUCUUAAGAAACGUCAAGAGGGUUUCGGUGCUGAGUUCAGUUCCGCUUAUAAAAUGGACUUCAACAUUGCUCCCAAAGGUUUGAUGCAUGUUUUAUUCGGAAACAAGUCGAAUGUCUUUCCAAGAGCUUACCUCAUAGCCCAUAAAACAGGGCUAGACAACACGGUAUCGUUUUGGCACACAAAGAAAAGGGGAGACUUAACCGAGGCUGUGAGAAAAGUGCACUUCAAAAUCGACCCAACUCAAGGGUUUUUCUUUCCGAGCCAAGGAAAGCAGUCUGCAUUUAUGAAUAUCAUCCAGUGUAUUAAAGUGGCUAAGGACAAUUUGUACUACGAAAUCGAACAAGAGACAGGCAAGCUAAAACUUCCGCUUGCCAAGCCGUUUAACGUGCGAUCCAAGAUUGUUAUAAUCUCCAGAUCGGAUGCCAAAGCAACCAAGUUUAAUGCUAGCGAUAAAAGCGGUGGGUCAUCUUCCUUAUAUUUGUAUUAUGAGGUCAAUUUCUACAAUGAGGCUGGCAACACUCAAACGGACAGGCUCAAUCUUUUCGAUAGGUGCGCGCAAAACAUUUCUCUGCACUUCAUGCGUUACGAAUCCAUGUCUUUGCGCAAUGCUGUACAGCAGUAUUUUGACAAGACCGGAAAACAUGGGAGAAUCCUUAAGGCAGUACGACUUUGCGGCCAGCUGGCCCUAGUGGACGACACGAAGGAAUUCAGUGGCUUCAAAGACGAUGCUAUUAACAGAUACUCACGAAUGUCCUUACUACGCUUUACGAUGAAAUGCAUUUUGUUUUACACGGUCAACGCCAUUUUUGCCUUAACGCGAAUGUUAUUUGAGCUGGUACACAGAGUUAUGACAAAUGUGGUGGCUUUGAACAGACUUCUUUUGCUGGGACUGCUUUUGUCAGUUGGAAUCAAUAUGUUUUUGAGCGGCAGGUCUUCGUGGUCAUAUUGGUCUGUCAGACGGGCUGAAAAUAUCUUCAUGAGCUAUUUCGACAAAGGCCGACAAGUAAUGCAGCGUGCUGUUUUUUUGGAGGAUUUGGAUCUAUUAUCUGGUGCGCUUGUUGACGGAAAUGGCGAAUGUUUCGAGAGGUUUAUGUCGUCUGAUCAUGACAUAGAGAGCAAAUACCGUGCCACACGCCACGAGAUCGGAUUGAAACGCAAUGAGCUGCUUGUAGAGCUCAAAAUUCUCAAUGCGAUGGAAAAAGAGAUGGUUCACGGCGACUACCUGUCGUUUUUGUCUCAUGAGAUUAAAAAUUGUCGGACCGUCGAGCUAGACAUGCCCGAAAUGUGGACCAAUGACACAGAACUUCGCAACCAUUGCAGAAGAUGCCAGCAUGAAUACAAGAGCGUCCAGGAUCUGCUCUGA